CAGGUCUCACUCCCAUUGGGUGUCCGAUUUCUAGCUGCCAGUAGUCAUCUCCGCUGUACCAGGUUACCAAGUGUUCAUCCACUCCCUGGACUCUCUUCUCCCCAGACCCCAGAGAUGCGGGUCAUGGGGCCGAGAACCCUCCUCCUGCUGCUGCAGGGGGCGCUGGUCCUGACCGAGACCUGGGCGGGCUCCCACUCCCUGAGGUAUUUCUACACCGCCGUGUCCCGGCCCGGCCUCGGGGAGCCCCGCUUCAUCGCCGUCGGCUACGUGGACGACACGCAGUUCGUGCUGUUCGACAGCGACGCCCCGAAUCCGAGGAUGGAGCCGCGGGCGCGGUGGGUGGAGCAGGAGGGGCCCGAGUAUUGGGAUCUGAACACGCGGAGAACCAAGGACGCCGCACAGACUUUCCGAGCGAACCUGAACAACCUGCGCGGCUACUACAACCAGAGCGAGGCCGGGUCUCACACCGUCCAGGAGAUGUACGGCUGCGACGUGGAGCCGGACGGGCGUCUCCUCCGCGGGUACAGUCAGUACGGCUACGACGGCAGAGAUUAUAUCGCCCUGAACGAGGACCUGCGCUCCUGGACCGCGGCGGACACGGCGGCUCAGAUCUCCAAGCGCAAGUUUGAGCAGCGCGGUGCUGCGGACCGUGUGAGACACUACCUGAACCGCGAGUGCGUGGAGGGGCUCCUCAGACACCUGGAGAAAGGGAAGGACACGCUGCAGCGCGCAGACCCUCCAAAGACACAUGUGACCCAUCACCACAUCUCUGAGCGUGAGGUCACCCUGAGGUGUUGGGCCUUGGGCUUCUACCCUGAGGAGAUCUCACUGACCUGGCAGCGUGAUGGGGAGGACCAGACCCAGGACAUGGAGCUUGUGGAGACCAGGCCUUCAGGGGAUGGAACCUUCCAGAAGUGGGCAGCCCUGGUGGUGCCUUCUGGAGAGGAGCAGAAACACACGUGUCACGUGCAGCACGAGGGGCUUCAGGAGCCCCUCACCCUAAGAUGGGAACCUCCUCAGCCCUCUGUCGCCAUCAUCAUCAUUGUUGGUCUGGUUUUCCUUGUGUUCAUUGGAGCUGUGGUGGCUGGAGCUGGGAUCUGGAGGAAGCGCUCAGGUGAAAAUGCAGGGACCUACACUCAAGCUUCAUGCAGUGACAGUGCCCAGAGCUCUGAUGUGUGACCAGAGCUCUCAUGGAUCCUAGAGUGUGAAACAGCUCCCUUGUGGGGACUGAGUAGUGCAAUAUUCCAUAUCCCACCCCUGCUUUAUGACUUGAAGAUCUGACUUCUCUUUCUGCAGAAGUCAUCUGAAUGUGUCUGUGCUGCUAUUAGCAUAAUGUAAAGGAGUGGUGAGCCUGGCCCCUCUCUGUCCACUACUAUCCUUCUGCCCUCUGGACUGUUUUCUCUGAUGGUCCUUCCUUAUCCAACAGGGGCUGGGCUGGGCUUCUCCAUCUUUGGCUUAACUUCUUUUCCGUUUUCAUAUCUUAUUGAAAAUCAGGAUCCAAACUACAGAUUUCCCUCUACAGGUACUCAUCAAUCUUGUCCCCUAGUGUUUGUCUAUGUGGGUCUGUUUUGUAAACCUUUACAAAUGUUUGUACAGUUUUAGUAUGUC